AUGGCGAAGUCGAUUUUGAAGGGAGCGGCCAAGGCCGAGGCCAAAGACGUUGGCAGUGAUGAUACCGUGUCAACCACCACCACCACCAAAAAGACCCCGAGUUCAAAGAUCCAAUUUCGCGUGUUUGUGGGUUCUUAUGAACACAACCUUCUUUGUCUCUCGGUGCUUUUAGACCCUACUCAGAAACUGGAGGCGAUGUUCCAGCCGAUUUUCCACUUUGAAGCCCACCUGCUUGCCAUCAAGCUGAUUGAUUUGGCCAAGCGGUACUUGGUGACGGGGCUGAAGGAUGAGCACAUUCGUAUCUACGACUUACAAAAGCGUAAGGAGCUUGGGGACUUGAUGGGCCACCAAGGUACCGUUACUGCCCUCAAAUUCUCGAUGGAAGGUACUGAAGAUGACGUGGAAAAGCUGGGUAAGUGGUUACUUUCAGGUUCGGAAGACGGUAAGAUCCUUAUCUGGAGAACCAAAGACUGGGAGUUAUUUGGCACCCUUAAAGGUCAUACUGAUCGUGUCACCGACGUGGCAAUCCACCCUCUGGGACGGGUGGCCAUCUCGGUCAGUGCUGACCACACCAUCCGGUUGUGGAACUUAUUAACUGCGAAGAAGGCGGCGGUGCUUAAAAUCAAGGGUAAAGACCACUUGGGUCAAUAUGGUGAUUUCGUGCGGUGGUCGGCUUCCGGGGACAACUUCAUCGUUGGUCUCCAGAACCAGUUGCUCAUCUACGCUACUACUGAAGCUAAAAUCAUUCACAAGAUGAAGAUUCCUCGCACAUUGAUGUGUGGGCAAGUUUACACCAUUGAAGGUACCGAAUACUUUGUUGCCGGUCUUGGCAACGGUACCAUCCAAUUCUAUCUUUUGAGCGAUUUGAUUGAAGGUAAGGAAACGGUGGCAUUUGAAUUGGUGGGCCACGCCAACCGGAUCAAGGACUUGACCCUUUUCUCGGGUCCCGAAGACACUCAGGGUAUCCCCUACCUCAUCUCGGUGCUGUCAGAUGGUCGCUUAGUGGUGUGGGAUCUCCGCGAACUGGUGAGAGACCAGGUUGCCGUUUACGACACCGGCGAACGUCUUAAUUGCGUAGUUGCUUGUGCCGAGCUGGUGGAGAAGGCGCUGACAAUGAAGAAGCGCACUCAGGAGAUCGACUACCAGCUGGAGCUGGAGUACGAGAGUGACGGCGAGACCCGUAAAUUGAUGGUGGGUAAGAAGAAGAAGGGCAAGAAGAUGAGAAAGGUCACGGUGACCCGGGAAUAA